AUGGGUCGCAGGCUCGAUGCAGUUAUUGCAAAAUGGAACUGUGUGUUUUGCUCCGUGAGCUCCAACUUCUCCCCCGAGAAGCCCCUUGCCUCCCCUGCGCCCCCUGCAGUCACCACAGUGCUGACUCAGCUGCAGGAGAAGCUGACGGCUGCCUCCUCAGACACAGAGACCUUCUCUCUGCUGGGUCACACGGAGAGACUCUUUCUCACCGCUGAUCCUGAUUGGUUGUUCUCCCCUGCACCGGCCGGUGAGGAGGAGCUGCGGUCGGCUCACAGGUCCGUGGUCCGUGCUCUGACCGACUGCGCGUCUCUGCCGCUCUGCGAGGACGAAAGCAGCUCGCUGCCUGCAGCGGCCUAUCACGGCGUUCCAGGCCGAGCCGUCCGGGUGUGCUCGGUGCUGCAGGUCCUGCUGGAAACUCUGGGUCAAAGUCAGAGGACGGACCUGUUGCUAACUCUAGCGCCAUCUGUGUGUGUGUUCAGUGUGAUGCACUACCAGGACCAGGCGUGGACGACAUCGUCUUCCAGAGCAGCUGCACGGAGACUGCAGGAGGCGCUGCUGAGGGCAGGUGGCUGGACAGACUCCGCCCAUCUCCUCAUGGGAGACAGGAGUCUGGCGGUGACGGAGGAGGAAGGGUCGAAAAGAGGAGUUCUUUCCGGAGUCCUGGACCUCCUACAGCCUCAACUCACCAGGUGAGAACCAGAAAUCGGAA